AUGACCACCACCAUCCACGACCGCAACAGCGAAAUAAUCGGCGACAUCGACGAUCAGCUCACCUCAAUAUUCCUCCAAAACGCGCAAGUGUACUACGACGAUGACUCCGGCAUCCCACGCGUACCAGCAGACCAGCUCCUCAACAUCAUUGCAGCAUAUUCCGAAACUUAUGGCGUGAAGCUCAUGUCAGACAAUGAAUACCAGGCCUUGUCGACGCUACUCACCAACAAUCCCAAUCUCGCCGUAUCGCCUGAGAUUCUUGCCCAUUUCGUAGCGGAACGUGCACCUCAAGUGUCAGAAUCACCGGAACGGCCGGGAAGCAGACCACCCUCUCGAGGACCACCACAAACGCCACUGUCAGGCAAGGGGCCUUCUGUUUUUGAAACCUCUCGUCGGCAGCGUUCGACUCCCCUUGACUCACAAGGACCCCCUUCAAGCUGGGCUAAACGACCUCCACCGUCGCGACGGAAGAGCGAUGCCGGGAGUCGCAGUGACUCCGAAUCAUACACGUCGCCACCCAAUGCCUACGGACGUUCACGAGCACCUUCGAAUCCCGUUUCCCCGUCAACAAUGUUCACGUCUCUCGGUUCACCGACGUUCUCGCAAACACCAUCUCGGCCCCAUUCGCGGCAGUCCCACUCUAUGAUUGGAUCUCCCGAGCUUAUACAAGAGUCACAUAUGCAAUCAUUGGGGCUCUUUGGGUCGGAGGUGGAUCUUGAUAGCGACGAGGAAGAAGUACAUUUAGGUCUGAUUCACGACCGCGGGGCCUCGGCGUCUACAUUGUCAUUGCUAGAGCAAGCCGAUCACGAUACGCUCCAGCGCGAAAACAACGAGCUGAAGAAGAAGCUGUUGGAAGCAGAGUCAACCUUACAGAACCGCUUGGUCGAACAUGACAUGGAAUUAGAGGAGCUUCAGGCUAAGUUGGACGAGAUGAGAAGUGAACUAAAUGCUGCUAAACGUGAGGAGAAGGAAUUACGUUCCAAAGAGCGGCAAAACUCUACGCAAAUUGCGAUCCUUGAAUCCGAAAUCUCCAAAGUCAGUGAUCAACUCAGGAAUGCUAAGGACACGUACUCUUCCCUCCAGCGGCAAUAUCAAGAGCAAUGCUCGGCGUCCGAGCGGUACAGAGAUGACCUCCGCAAACGUGAAGAGACUAUACGUAACUUGAAAGAUGCUGUCGGCCUACAUGAGCACGAUACCUCUAAAUGGGCGCGGGAGCAGCAGCACUACGAGGAACGGAUAUCUCAGCUAGACGCCGAGCUCACCAUCGCCAAUCAGUUGCAAGCCGAACUCGACGCUCAGAAGCAGGAGAACAUGACGCUGAAGGAGACUAUUGAUCGGCUUCACUUUGAGUUGGACGAGCAACGGAAUGUUACCAUUCAGGGUGCGACCAUUGGAGCUAGCAACAGCGCGCCUGGAACUUUGAGUAAGAGUUUGGGUGCGGAGUUGGCGAAGAAUGGAUGGGGUGAUGAGGAGGAGGAAGAAGUACAUGUCCACCACGGUGAAAGCAGCGGCGACGUUAGCUUUGACCUCGAUAGCGAUAGCACCGACGAAGAGGGUUUCAUUGAGACAAUUGUGACGAGAAGAAGGAAAGUGGCGAGCCGAGCUAACAAGCUUGAUUCGCAUACAUUUGAGGAGGUCAAGGAAUAUUCUGAUGCCUUCACACAAUACGAAUCCUCCGAAUUCACUUCCUCCUGUACGACUCAGACCGACCCCGAACCUGUUAUACGUAGGACAUCGUUCAGCAUACAGACCGAAGAGGCUCCCAGUCGCGCUUUCGCUAUCCAAACAGAGCCACAGCCAGAACCCAUGCCCGAGCCCCCCAAAGUCACCUUCGACAUCGACAUCCAGACGGAUUAUCUUGAAGAAGUAUUAACGCCUUCUGCUAUUGAGGUAGAAGAACCUGUCGCUUCUACAUCGUCCUCGUCAUCUUCAUCGAAUUCCACCGCCACACCUUCGACGCCUAAGGCCAAUAUGCUGGGACUGGACGGGAUGAUUGACGAACCACCUGCAUAUACACAAGUUCCUGGGCAAGAGCAGGAAUGGCAUGUCGGUGAUGCUCUCAGGAAGUGGCAUCCUGGACUGUCGAGCUCGGAGAAUAUCGCGCUUCCCGGACGUGUCUCUCUAGAAGCCAUCGAGGAAUGGAAAGCCCUCAAAGAGGAGCUGGGUAUUGACUGCCUUGUCAUUGAUAAAUUGCUGGCGUCCGCUGAGCGUGCUUCUCCCCGACCUUCGCAGACCCCGCCAGAUGGCAAACCAAUACGACGAGGAAAAUUCUACAACAUAUACAACACGUAUGUGUAUGGUCAGUCGUCGUCCCUGAACACUUUCUUCACGAUGUUCGGCGUGUCUGCCAUAGCGUUCCUCGCUGGUAUAUACAUCAACUCGCCGCCCCAAUACACGACACCCGGUCAGUUUGGUGCUUAUGAUCGCGCGUUGUGGAAGACGUUCAACUCGAUGUCACCUGCUGGAGAAGGGUUUGCACUGCCAGCUGAUGGGACUUCCGCUGUGUGGAGUAUCCUGGGCCGUGUUGGAGGAGGUGCCGCCCGAAUUGCAAGGGGAUGGCCGACGUAG